AUGCGUGUCGUCAAUGCUUUGCUCACACUCCUCGCGAGUGCAGCACUUAUUACACUGUCGCACGGCGCUUUAGUCGACUCAGAGUCUCCGAACGUCAUUGCGGCAGCUGCUAAAGGGGGCAAGGGAGGCGGUAGGGGUGGUGGUAAUAGAGGUGAUAAACCAAAGCCAAAGCCUACUACCAAAGAUUCGCGUCCCAGCACCAAGAAUUCCCCUACCACAAAGGCUUCAACGACGAGCAAGGCUAAAGAUACCUCGAAGGUCACUUCCAUCACGGUUACUACUAGCAAACCCACCAUAACCACAAGCACCAAGCUCAAUUCGGGGACCAUUUCUAAGACCGACUCGAAGACUGCUUCGGGGACUACUUCGAAGACUGAUUCGGGAACUGCUUCGAGGACCGACUCGAAGACUGAGUCGAAGGCCAACUCAAAAACCAUCUCCGAGACUGAUUCUCGAACAAUUUCAAAGACUGGUUCUCAAAUCGCUACGACUACCGAUUCAAAGGCAAAUCCACACACUAUCUCGACCACCGACCCUUUGAAGUCUGAAUCUCUAACGGCCUCCAGGACUGAACCGGUCACUGGCUCAUCCACUGGUUCGCAAACGGCUUCCAAAUUCCAAUCGAUCACUGAUUCGGCGACUAGUUCACUAGUGACCUCCAAGGCUGGAUCUGCAACUGAUUCAGCAACUGGCUUGGAAACGGCUUCCAAGACUGAAUCAGACAACGAUCCAGCAACUAGUUCUCAGAUUGUAUCGGAGACUGGAUCGAUAGUUAAUUCAGCAACCAGUUCCCAGACAGGAUCCGAGACUGGGUCAAUAACUGGUUCGGCUACUAGUUCCCAGAGGACAUCCGAGACUGUAUCGGUAACAAAUUCAGCCUCUGACCCGGAAACAACGUCGGAGACUGACUGGAGUGCCAUCACAAGCUUGGCUGGCGAUAUCCUCACAUUUUCAACUCAGUCGGCUACCAGUUCGGUUAAUGAUGCCACGAGUACGGAUUCCGGUGUCCCACCAACCCAGACCUCUAGCGACGAGCUCGAUGACCAGAUAAAGCAGUUUUGCGGGCCGCUCAAAACCGCAAAACGCGGUUGGAGGAGUUCUCGCAGGGACGGAAUCCCUGUCGUGCCUGAUGAAACAGGGGGAGGGGUAACAGGUGUCAGACUAUACACAGAGAAUCUGGUGGCUUGCACCGGAAUUCUCAUAUUCGGCGAGCAUAGCAAAGGCGUGUACAGCGAGAUACUUACGCACACUGUUACUAUUGAAUCAUCAUGGAAGUUGAAAGGACUCCCUGACACAAAGGCGUACUGGGAUAGAGCGACGUUCAAGGAGGGUACCGUUAAGGCUGUGAUGAACAUCCCUGAUCUAGAGGGCGGUGAAUCUACUUGGCCGGAUGAGACUGAAUUCACUCAAGCCCAUGUGGAUAGGAUGAAAUCGGUGCUAGAGACGAUAAAGAAGGACAUUGCCGACCUUACCGGCCAGGAUCCGAUAGAGGUAACCCACAACAUGAAGGCUGCCUGCAUUAAAGAGCCGGACGCUGGAACGUUGAGUAUCGAAGCUGACGGCACUACUGUCCUUGCGGAGGGACAGCAAGUCGAGCUACCAUGA